AUGCAGUUUUCUCGGCCACCGGAAUUUCCACGCCGGCGGGCUACUAGAUUCGGCGGGGGCUUGAAGACGCCCUGGGUCAAGCUUACGGGAUUAGAGGCCUAUUGCAAGUCCGAGCAGGCGCGUGGGGUCUUCGGCCACAAGCUCAACCUCGCCUGGUGGCAGUGGAAGACCACGUCGUUCGUUUCCUCACCGACGGAGACAGACCUAGACAGACAUGAGAAGAUUCGCGGUUCUGUUGUGAUCUGGGUGGGUGUUCGUCCCGAUUCGCUCCACGCUGAGGAUGCCUUCCAUUCGGCCAACGAUAUCCUUCGGCUUCUCGAGGGCUUCGACAUCGUCGACGUUGAGGUCGAAUACCGCGAGUCCCUCUACAAGCGGUCGGUCGGCCCAGCACUUCUCCGCUCCGUUUUGAGUCUCAACACUACCGUCGACGGUCGCGGUCCCCUCACUCCCGCUCUCGGACCCAUCGCUACCUUUGAAAGGCCCGACGCCGAGGGCACCAUGGGGCUCUACUUCGCUGAGGGUGGUGACAGCAACAAGGUAUUGGGUCUUACCUGUCACCACGUCCUCCUCAAGACGGACGCGACAACCAUCGACGACUACGUAUUCACGGGCGUCGGUGCACCUCGCAAGAACGUCCAGCUUCUCGGCACUCGCGCCUUCGACAAGCUUCUCAGUGCCAUCAAGAUGCGUAUCAGUCGUCACGGUAUGAUGGUCGGUCACCACGAGCAGCAGAUCAAGAGGCUGGAGGCGAGGGUGGAUGAUGCCUACGAGGAAGAUGUUGCAGAGGCGGGGAAGAAGCUGGAGAAGACUCAGGCCCAGUUGGAGGACGCGAACAAGGCGAUUGAGGACCUUGAAAAGUUCUACGAGACGGUCAAGGAGGACUGGGGCCAGGCCAGCCAGCGCAUCAUCGGCCACAUCCGCUCCUCCCCUGCCGUCUCCUUCAAUGUCGGUCCCAAGGGCUUCACCGAAGACUGGCGCGCGAUCGAGCUCGACGGUCCCAAGUUCAGGGAUGCGUUCAAGGGCAACUUCAUUGAUCUUGGUCGUUUAGUUCAACAGAUACAAUCAGGGACGGAGAUCGAGCCCGACAUUUUCAUCAUGAAAAUGUAUCCCCACGGCGGCCAUACGACCUUCAAAUACCCCUACAACCGUCUCCUUCCACUCCGCGACAUGAUCACCGAGGAGCGUAUGCGCGAGCCCGACACGCUCGACAACGAAAACGAGGCCUGUUCCCUCGUCAUCAAGAACGGGGCCGCUACUGGUGUCACCAUCGGGCGUGCGACGGGACUCUUCUCGUUCGUCCGCGACGACGUCUUCGGUCACGAAUCCAUGGAGUGGGCUAUCUAUAACUACGGCGACCAGUACUCUGGCGUGUUCGCGGCCCCUGGCGACUCCGGGUCGAUCAUCGUCGACGGACUUGGUCGCAUUGGUGGUCUUCUUACUGGCGGUACCGGCAAGACCGACACCUCGGACGUGACUUAUGCCACGCCCAUGUGGUGGCUCUGGCCCCGUAUCAAGCAGCACUUCCCCCACGCCCACCUCGACCCCCUCAUCAUGACCUAGGCGUCGCGACGACAAGAGCGGCAUCGCUGACAGCGGCGAGCCCUUCUCACUUCAUCUUUGAACGAUCGGACCAUGAUUCACAAGUUGACUUGUUCCAUAGAGUCUAUACAUAAGUACUGCCCCUACU